UAUUCCUUGUGUGUGCACAUGGUGUAUCUCUAACUAUUGGUUGACGGUGUAGUGUUUAGAUAAUAAUAUUUUUUAGAUAAUGUUUAAAAUUAUUAUAUAUUUUAUUAUGUAAUAUCAAAAUAUGCAUUUUAUUAUUAUGAACAAUUAAUUGCUCAUCUGAAACCAUGAAAGAUAAAAGCUUUAUAAAAAUAAAACUCGGGUUACAAUAAACGUAACUAUAGUAAUAACAAAAAAAUAGAAAUGAUCUACAUACACUUAUUAUACUAACUAAAUAAGACAAAAUAAAUAAAGAAAAAGGAAUUUAUGGUGUAUAUGUUGUGUACACACGAUGCCGUGGUGUGCAGUAGUAGGCUGUAGAAACAAUUUAAAAGCUACAAAGCGUGCCGGUAGAAAUGUAUCGUACCAUAUUUUUCCAAAAAACCCGCAAAGGAGAAAUGCGUGGGUACAAGUUAUAAAGCGGCCGACUAAAUUUAAUGUGGAUUCUUCUUAUGUCUGUUCAGAACAUUUUGUUCCCAAUGAUUUUGAGUGUAAUAGUUUAAAAGAAGAAUUGCUAAACAUUAAAGUCAAAAGGCAACUUAAAAAAACUGCCGUUCCAUCUGUUAAUAUGACUGCAUCUAUAGAAAGACUGCCGUCCAAGAGUCCAGAUCACGAAUUUCCUACAGAGAUGGAAAACAAAACAAUAAAACCAGAGAAUCUUGAUGAAAGUGACAUAAACAAAGAUACCAUAACUUUGAUGAUGAAUGUAACAAAAUCUGACGAUGGCAAAAACGAUGAUGAAAAAUCAAAAAGAUUAGAACGUAAAAAAAUUGUCGACAAACUAUUAGCUGAUUACGAAGAAGAACAAAAAAAUGAAAGUCAAUCAAAGUGUAUGGUUUCUGGAUACACGGGUACUUUCUCCUCAAAUAUCAACUCCAAUGCUAAGCUUGGCGACAAAUUAAAACUGUUGAAAGCAAAAGAUUUGCUAGAAACGGCUUCCUCGCCCGUUAAAAAAAGAAAAAUGUCUUCGCUAUCCAAAUCUCACUCGGAAACAAUAGAAUUAUCUACUUCCAACACUGUUCAAAAUCCAAAAUCAAUUAACGACCAAGUCAUUCAUGUGUCGGCUGUCAAAGGAGGCCUUAUGUUACAAGCAAUAUCGCAACUAGAGCCUAUUGUUAAGCAACCGAAACCUAACCUUAACCUAUCCGCAGCUACUCAUCAUCAGAUAGAAAAAAUUCCAUCCGAGUUGGAGGAGGAAAUUAUUAUUGUGACCGAAGACGAAGCCAAUAGAGUUGAUUUAUCGUUGUACACGCCACAGCAGAAAGAUAAUAGCGCUGAAGUCAUUAUAGUGACUGAUUUAAAAGAUAGCGACAGUACUAAGUGUAUAGACAUUUUACCUAAGCCUUUUGUUGUACCUAAAAAUAAUAGUUGUAUUACGAAUGGUCUACAGUUGAAAUCUAAAACCGGCAAAGAUUCUGUUAAGCUGUCAGCUCAGCAACAAACUCUUUUACAUCAAGACAAAGAAUGUCAAGUGUUGUUUCCUUGCACAGGCUGCGAGCACAGAAGUUUUAAAAUCAACAAACUUUUAAGAGAGCGAACGAAAUUGGUAAAAGAUUUAAAUGUGAGCGGUACAUGGAAAGAUCCAGACGAAAUGGAUAGCUUGAGAAAAAUGAAUGGCGUCCUAUCCAUUCUGUUAAUGCAGUCUGUUAAUGAAAAAAACAGUAGGAAGUCUUCAGCUAUUAGAGUGGACUUAGUGCAAGACACAAUCGAAAGAGUUGAUCGCGGUUGGACCAUGCAGGACACGUCAGAAGUAUUAAGUCAAAUUAUGAGUGCAAAUGCUUACGAUGAAUUUGCUAGAACAUUUGAAAUAGUUAAUGAAAUCUAAACACAUAUUUUUGUAACUUACUUUACAAAAAAUAUGUAUUUGUAAUUAUUGUUUACAUAUUUUGUAUUUAACGUAUUAUAACAAAUUAAUCUUUGAAACUUCUUAAAACUAUAAAUUAAUACAGGGUUAUAAACUUGUGAAGUUAAUUGUAUAUAUUUAUUUUGUACAUCUGUGUAGAGAGAAACAUUAUUUUUUAUUGAAAAACUUUUUGUACUACCUAAUUUUUUUUUAAUUUGUUAUACUAAUGUAGACGUAACAGUUCAUGAAAUUAAAAUGUUUUCUCUAAUAGUUUUGAACUUGAAUGUUAUUUAGUGUUGUAAGUAAAGUAAAUUGCUGUAAAUAUUCUCGUUUGAUUAGAGACAGAUAAGUUUUCAAAAUAGAACUUGUUGAAGACGUGAUUUCUUAAAUAAA